AUGACAACAAACGCCCAACCAUUUCGAACGUUUGGGUGAUGUAUUUUCUACCAAGCGCUUUCAACAGUUUUAAUUAAGCUGGCAGGACACGAUGGCAGCAGGUGCAGUAUCACCGCCCUCUAUUAUCCCUCUAAGGGUUCCAGUGGCUGGAAAAUCCAAGACCGAGAUUGACACCAACACGUACAUUGAACUAAAGACAGAUUUUCCUGAAGCUCAGAUCCACUUUACCAUCGAUGGUUCCAAGCCGGAUCCAUUUCAGCAGAUAGGGCUUCGUAAGACACAGCAGUAUCGCAAACCAUUCUUGUUGCAAGAAGGAAAGAAAACAGUCAAGGCAAUUGCAAUAACAAAAAAUCGAGAGAGUAAUAUUGUCAGUAAGACCUUCACUGUGGAGUGGGCACCAGGCCAGGAGAAAUACGAGACGGAUGAUGAAAGCAUCAAUUAUCGGAUAUCACGGGACAAGACCUCUGCAUUGCAGAAUACUUCAACCAAGACAACAGCGGCUCUUAUGAAGAAGGUCUUGGAGGAGUCCCAAAAACCUGUAAAGGGUUCCAACUAUCGCAAGCCCACCACUGGAACACGCUUCAUGGAGGGAAGACUGGGCAACAAGACUGCUAGCACAUCGGUUGGAGAAAAAGCUAAACAGAAUGGCCAGCCAGUAGCAAUAGCAUCAACCCUUAAAGAUACGAGUAGGACACCACCCAAAAACAUGACCCAGGCUAACCGACUGCAACGAGAGACAGAUUUCCUCAAGUGUAUAUUUUGUGGGGCUGACCGUCCUGCAGAUCCAUUUGCUAGAUUCUGUAUAGCAUGUGGUAAUCCAGUCCCACCACUUCCUAAUGCCAGGCUACCACCACCAGAGCCAGCUCAGCUUGGUAUGUGUGUCGGCUGCAAUGCCAUGGUACCCCUGAAUGUAUCCAAUUGCCUCAUAUGUGAAAUGCCAAUUGCUCCACAGCUCAUUCCGCAAGCUUCAGUCAAACUAAAGGACAAGUUGGUAUGUAACGAAUGCGGAACAGGUAAUCCAGCCAAUAUGGAAUACUGUGUUACAUGUGAAUGCAGACUGACUGGAAGCAACAGACAUCUUAAGAUGAACUGGCCAGAGGCAACAUACAGUGGAAUGUCAGCCCCACCUCAGCCAAUGAAAGGAGGACGUCUUCUUUGCUGUAAUAAAUGUGGACGAGUCAACAACAGUGAUGCUCGCUUCUGUGACUGGUGUGGUGCCAAGCCUGCGCCAACAACACACUUGCUAACCUGUUCCAAGUGCCAGUCACGAAACCAAGCCUAUGCAACCUUCUGUCACUCAUGUGGAUGCUCUAUAGAACCGCCUCUACGAGAAGAUCCUCGCAAUAACACCAUUACCGUUGGAGGGAAGAGCACCGCCCAGGUGGUAGACAAGCAAGCCAAGGCGGCUUGGGUACCCAUGUCAAUGCCUAAGCCUGAACCAGAGAAGUUUGCCAUCGGUACACAGACUGCCGGUCUGUUCUUCCCGUCUACUAAGAAGUUGGAGCAGCAAGGCAAAGGUAUUGGUGACCAGAAAGCAAUCAUGGACGCAAUGAGUGACAAGAAACCAGUACUAACAGCCGUUAGUCCUGGAAAAGGUUACUGGCGACAGCAAAUGGAUCACAUUUGUGGCCAUUUGAAAGCUUACUCCCAGAACAACCAGGACUUCAGGAAUCUGAUUGGAGACCCAAGAAUGGGCAAGCUUCAGGGAGCUACUGUACAUGAAGAUGGCUAUGAGCUGAGCAUCACAGCUUGCUUUAUCUUACGAGGUAACAAGGAUACAUUCACCGGUAAACCGCUCGGCAUCACCAAAAAAAGUCUCCUCAGUGAUACGAGUGAUGACAGGAUGUCAGAAAAGAUUAGUACUAGUGCUCCAGGGACUCAGAGUAAAUCUGAGAAACCAAGCACACCCAAGAAGAAGCUGAAGAAAAAACAACUUGAUGAUAAACUGUCGCCGUUAGAUAAGGACUUGAUGAGAGAGGUUGGACCAAAGGGAGAUGGUGAUGAUGAAGAAGUGCAACGUCUUCUAGAUGAGGGAGCUAGUGCUAUGUGUGAGAAUAGUGAUGGUAUACCUGUGUUAACAAUGGCCAUCAUGAACAGAAACUGGGACUGCUUAGAGAGUCUAGUCAACAAUGGAGCUGAUGUCAAUAAAAAAGCAGGACCGAGGGGAAACACAGCGCUUCAUGAAGCUGUUUUACUGGGUAGCGUCGGCAAGCCUGGGGUAGAUGAACUACUUAGUCUUGGGGCAAGCUCCAAGGUGAAGAACUCUAGAGAUGAAACGGCUUAUGAUCUGGCAAUCAAAGGAGGGGAGGAGACUAUUAUAUCAAUGUUUGCCUCAACUGCUGGACAAGGAAUGCUGGAUAAACUCAUGAAACAAAGCUCUAGGCCUCAAGUGGAGAGGUUUUGAGUCUCUGCAAAUCAAAGUUGCAGUCUUUUUUAGGACAAUGGUUUUUUAAUAGAACUACAAUUCACUCAAGAUCAUCUUUGAAAACACUACAAAGUAAAAUAACAUUGGUAUACGUGUAUAAACUCCACUUUGCUAUAAUUGUACUUCCUUGGAAACUAGUUGUAUUUUUAAGGAACCACCACAUGUACAUGUUUUUAAACUUGACAAAACCUUGCACAGACAAUAUAUAACGACAUACAACUUUAUAAAAACAAAUGUUGCCAGUUACAGUUUACCAAGUUGAUGUGACUCCAAAUUACUCGCAACCAUAGGCAGUUCACAAAUAAAAUUUAAAAAACUGUUUACCAAAGUAUAUAAAAACCCAUGUAACCCAAACUACAGUUACAGCGCGGUAAAGUAAUCGGCAAGUAUCUGGUUAGUUUCUGGUUUACCCAAGUGGCUCUAAUCAAACAACACUGAGUCAAAAUAUUUGUUGAAAUUUGUGACAAUUAUGCUGAGGAGCUGUUAUCGCUACUGACUGGACCUAAGCAACCACUGUCGACUAUGGUUCAAGUACAGUGCAAGCCGAUUAUUAUUAUUUUAUUUAAAACUAAAAAUAUGACAGUCUUGCUGGUCUAUUAAAGUGUUCCAAUACCGAGUGCUAAAAUAUAGGAUUCAAACUGGUUGUGGCUACCGAGCAAGCUUGGUGGUCAAGGGGUAUGACCACCUCUAGAAUGGCAUAGGUCUUGAGUUUGAAUCCUACCCGAGUGAAGGGUAAACUGAUUUCUUUUGGUCACAAAGGACUCAGGAAAGUAAUGAGUAUUAACUGACCCUAGCUAAUGCACCAUGCUCACCAUUUUGGGGGUCUAACAGAUAAUUGUUUUAAAGGCAGUAGACACUUUUGGUAAUUAGUC